AUGCGCUUCCAACAAACUCUCACCCUCCUCCCCUUCCUAGUCGCGCCCCUCGUCCGCGCCGACUGUCAACUCGGCAACGUGAUAACGGACGACGAGAAGACCGUCGAAUCCGAAGGGGCCCUCUGCAAGCCCCAAGGCGAAGGCUACUACACCUUCGCAAUGCAAAACAGCCUCGUCGGAGUACCCACCUUCGACGGCGACAACGCCUUUGCCGGCGUAACGGGCUCGAGCGCAUUCAUCAUCUACGACAACGCGUGCAACCGCGUCGGCGUGUAUGGCCCCUCGAACGAGGACAACGAUUGCGGGAUCCCUUAUGUUAUUAUGGAGAAUUGGCUGCCGUAUGUUCUUACGGUUACACAGGUAAAUUUUGCAGUGGGAGGGGGGGAUUUCACGUUUAGUUAUGCGAAUGGGGAGUAUAUGAUUGGGGAGAAUCAGGCGACGUGUGAGGAUAUUAGUGAGGGGCUGCGUGGGGUUGAGGCGUGCAAGACUGCCUUCCCGCUCAAUGGGGAGCCGGAAUAG